CCAUGGUUACAGACAAUUCUGGGAUGACUUUUUCCAGCUGAACAACACUAGUAGGCUCUGUAGUAUGUAAAAAAGGCAUUUCAAGUUUCGUUCCCACCUUCACGUUUAUUUUACCUUUGAUAGCACAUACAGUUUGUUAAAUGAGCAUUUCGACCUUGUAUAAUUUUAAAUUAUAAAUACAUUUCCACUUUUAUUUUGAAAAAAAUCACGAAUGACGGCCAUAUUGGAAUGUUCGUUAUUUUCGCUGGCUACACGCUGCUAAAGUACCGUCAGUAUAAUUUCGCCCUGCCAAUGCAAAUUCCAAUUGAUGUUCGUUUAUUGUGGGUUAAAUGCAUGCCGAGCGGGAUGAAGCGCCACCUUGUCGACGAAUAUGCCUGUGUCUUCUCUGCGGUUUACCUGCCGCUGGAAAGACGACACUUGUACAGGCGCUGUCGAACCACACAGCGCUGAGAGGAUGGAAAACAUUGUCGUUGAUUUACGACGAAUUGAUACCACAGGAGGCUUUUAGUAAAGUUUAUAUGGAAAGUGACAGUCAACCACUUCAAACGCAAACCAAAUGGAAGAACAGCAGACAAGCCAUUCUGUCCUGGCUGGCACAGUUCCUGCAGAAUCCUUCACAGGAUCCCAGUUCCUGCAGGAGUGACCCAGAAGUCUGGUCUCAGCUCUGCAUGACAUUUCAGAAGCAGCAUUUACCAACAACACUGCGAUCCUCCCCUUCCCAUGCCCAGACAAAACUUCUCUUCCUGCUUGAUGACAACUUCUACUAUCAAAGCAUGAGAUAUGAAGUCUACCAACUUGCAAGGAAGUAUGCUGUUGGGUUCUGUCAAGUUUAUCUCCAGUGUCCAACAGAGUUGUGUGUCAGCAGGAACAGAAGCAGGACAGUGCCAUUGUCUGAAGAGGUCAUUCUGGAUAUGGUUAAGCGCAUGGAACCACCAAACCCUUUGAAGAAUUCAUGGGAACAGAACAGUCUAACACUCAACAGCUGCAAGGAGCUCACAAAUCAAGAUCUUCAGAGUCUGACCACCUUGAUUGCUUCUGCAUUUGACAACCCUUUGAGUCCUUUCCAAGAUGAUACUGAAAAGAGGGAUAUGGACCGACAGAGUUGUGCCAAUAGUGUGGUGCACCAGGCUGAUCAGGCCUGCAGGCGCUUAGUGUCCCAAGCCAUGCUGACUGCUAGAGAAAAAAGUAUCUCUCCAGAAACCCUGCAAUCAUUAGCUAAGGAAUUAAACAAGUCUAAAACCCGACUGCUCCAAGACCUGCGUAAGGAUCUUCACCGUGGCUUCGCCAUCAGUCCUGACGAGUCCAUGGAUAUUGAGAGAGCUGUGGGUCAUACAGUGGUCAGAUUUGAUGGAGAACUGAAAGAAAUCAUCCAGCAGCCCUGCAACCAGUGAAGGAAUGAAAGGAGUCCCCUGUGGAGCAGUGCCAAGUCACUUGCCCUCAUGCUUUACUGAUUUGUUGAAAAUCAUUGAGGUAAAAUUCUUUAAUGUCUAAUAAGUUAUUCAGCACACCAUGCCUGACUGACUGUCUUUUUCCACAUAUGGGAAAAUCAUGAUAUUCACUCUGGGACCGUCAUGAAAUCUACGUAUAUUCAAUGUGACUAAAAUACAAUGUAAAGUCAGAUAUGUAAAUAUAGAUAUUCUGUAGGUUUUUGCAUGUGCAUUUGCAUCAUAGAUUGAAUAAAAUGAUUUACAGUUUGCCCAGCACACAUAAACAUUUUGUUCACUAUGGGUAUCCAGGCUUCACUGACAUAACUAGGAAACGUUACUACAUGCUCAAUGAAGUGGCUCUUAAGGUUCUUGACUGGAGGUUUUGGCAAACAGAGUACAAAUGAGGGAUGAUGCUCACCUUGUCCAAUACCGCCCAUCAUUACACUGUAUGGGUAACCUCAAAUAUGAGUAUGACAUUGAUUGCAUAUGGAAAUCCGAUUUCAUGGGCUUUUGUCCUGUUGACACUGAUUAUCCGACUAAUGCCACUUAGGAUCUGUAGCACAAGUCAAUUGUACACUCCUGAUGGUGUGGUUGAUGAUGCUUAUGAUAUUUGAUGCUAUGCUUUUUAUUUGUGGUUUCUCAGUGGGAUGACACACCCCAUUAUGUUCAUUUCAGGGAUUUAUAACUUACUGUUAGAAUUAUUGUUGCUGCUGUUGUGAUAUUUGUUAUUUUUAUUAUAAUCUGCUAUCAUUACAAUUUUUCUUGAUCGCUAACACAUUAUAACUGGGCCUAUUAACUAAACAUCUCAAACCAUGACGCUGUCUACCAAAAGACAAACCCAUUUCCUAAAACUAAGAACACCUUUCCCCUGUUUACACACC